CAGGCAUCAGUUACCUUCAACGAACCGUGAGAUUCGGAUCUAUUGCUUUGUCAUUCCUUCUCGUUCUGUUUAUUUAAAAGUUAAAGCGCCGCCAUGCCCGCCGCCGCCGCCGCCGCCGCCCCCCUCGGGACGCUCAUGUACCAGGUGGACGAGACUCUGAGGACCUUCGGCUUCGACAUCAAGAGCCUCGUGAAGUCCCUCGACCUCCAGACCUUCGGGCUCCUGACGCUCCUCGUGGUCGGGGCGGUGUUCCUCUUCGACUUCCUGAGCUACGGGUACGCCUCCUACACCGGGGACGCCGCCGGGCACACGUCCUACGGCAGGAGCCUGGUCACGACGGCGGCGAAGGUGUGGGACCAGCGCGACCAGCUGGGCCUCAAUCCCUACGUCCGCGGCGGCCGUGGAUUGGAUUCCAUGACACAGAUCCUGGACGAUAUCGCUGACGCCAUCUUGAAGUAUGAAGGACUGGAGGACAAUGUCGUGGGACAAUCUCGGCAGAGCAAAGUACUCCAGCAAUAGAACAGCUGCAACACAAAAAAAACUUGAGUUUACCCUUCAACGCGCACAAUAGAAAACGGGAAAUAUUCUUCAGCUACAGUGACUGGAGAUGCUUACAAUUGGAUUGUUUAUAAAUAAUUCUUUGCAGGCCGAAGAUAAUGUCGUUAUA